AUGAAACUUCUCGCCACUGCUCUUCUACAAAAUAUAACACUCACUACACUCUACCUUCAAUAUAAUCAAAUUAAUUCGCAAGGAGCUGAUUAUCUAAGCAAUGCUCUAAUUUAUAAUAAAACACUCGUUACACUUCAACUUCAAUAUAAUCAAAUUGGUCCACAAGGAGCAAGUCAUCUAGGCCAUGCUCUACAAAAAAACACAGCACUUACUACCUUAAACCUUUCGUACAAUCAGAUUGUUGAUGAAGGAGCCGAGCAACUGGUUAAUGCUCUAAUUCAAAACAAAACUCUCACUACGCUUGACCUCCGAGUCAAUCAAAUUACUUCACGAGGAACACAAUAUCUCGCCAAUGGCCUAUCACAAAACAAAACACUUCUCACUCUUCAUCUUUCAUGGAACAAUAUUGGUGAUCAAGGAGCUGAAUAUCUAAGUAAUGCUCUCUUAGACAACAAAGCACUUCUCACACUUGGUCUUGAAGGCAUUCAACUUGGUGAUCAAGGUGCUAAACAUUUAGGCAAUGCUUUACUUCAAAACAAAACACUGACUACACUUCGUCUAAGAGAGAAUCGAAUUAGUAUUCAAGGAGCCGAACAUCUAAGCUAUGCUCUAUUAGACAAUAAAACAUUCACCACACUUGACCUCCCCUACAAUCAAAUCGAUGACAAUAGAAAACAAUAUGUCAAAGAUAUAUUCAAAAUGAAUCCGCAGAUAAAACUAAAUUUGUAA